AUGCCGAAGCUGAAGCGCUAUGAGGCAAAAGAAGACGCAGUUGCGUUCGUUUGUCGCUUCAGGCAAACCAUGAGCCUCCAUAACUUUUCUGACGCCCUUAUGUGUAAGAUCUUCCUGCUCACUCUCAGUGAACCGAUCAUGUUAUGGUACAAUCAGUUGAAACCCAAAUCCAUUUCUUGCUUCAACGAACUAGAAUUGGAGUUUAGCAAACGCUUCGUCACCAGCAACAUUCAACCAAAGACAUUAUCAAUGCUGGUGAACAUGCGAAGAGCGGCGGGAGAAACACUGCGACUCUAUACCGAGCGUUACUGGGAAGUCUAUAACCUUAUUCCCGACUGUGAUCAAGGGGUAGCAGCCGAGUCUUUCAUGAAUGGGUUGGAUCCAACCUCGGCAAUGUUUCGUGACCUCUCACGAAAUCCACCUAAGACAAUGGGAGAGCUCAUGAUAAUAAUCGAGAAAGAUUGCGUUCACGAAGAAGCAAUGGCCGAGCGACAUACAACAAAGGCUGAACCUGCCAAGACGAUAGGGCCGAAGAAGCAAGUAUCGAACGUUCGCCAAGGGCAAGGGAGCCAGGGUAGCUCGGGCCAGACAUCGAACAAGUCGAACAACAAGGGCCGACCCCCGCAGCACCCUCAGCCACAAUCCUAG